AUGAAGACGUGGGCCACGUCAGUGGAAGGUAGGACCUACGUAGGUGGCGGUGUGACUAAUCCGUGCUCAGGUCCUAAUCCUCUUCCAGGAUGCAAUCCUCCAAACUCUCUUCAUACGAAUGUUCUUCCAGGUCCUAAUCCCGCCAACAACUACAUCCGUGGAUGCUCCAAAAUUACACGCUGCCAACAAGAUAUAUGGGAGAUUAACUCAAUAUACUCCUCUCACUAUUAA